GUUGCGAACGCUGCAGGCGCAAGGAUAUCGUCUAGAGCGACCCAGCAACCAAUUUUUACUUGUCUUCGCUGAUGUCCACGUGUUUGGCGCGCUUUUUCACGUCACGUCAACAAACAUCAAACGUAGUGCAAAGUGCGAGUUGUGCAAAAUAAAAAUAAAAAAAAAGAAAAGAACUUUUGACUUGCUGCAUCCUGCAUUCAGUUUUUGGCCAUGUCGCGGCGUAAACAGGCAAAACCUCGCGCCUGCUUGAAGCUAGGCGAAAAGGAGGAGGAGCAGAUUGGCGAAGAUGGCGUCACAAAGACCCCAAAGGCAUCUGACUUGCUGGAGCCCAAAGAGGAGCUAUUUAGCGCAGACGAAGAGGACGAAGAGGAGGGCGAGGAGGACGAUGGCUUCAGUGGCGAUGAGAACGAGACUGUAAAGGAGCAGCCCAAUGAAUCACAGCUCGAAAGCUUGCAGCAAGCAGCUGAUGAUGCCACAGCUACCGCCGUUGUCAAGACUACAGCAACAGCAACGGCAACGAUAACAACAACAGCACCAACAACAAAAGCAGGCACAGCAGCUGCAACUACAGAAGAACUACAACACCCUGGGGAUGCUGCAGCCACUGGCAACGCCAAUGGGCACUGCAAGUUGAAGUCCAGCGGUGGCGAUGCCACUGGCAACAAGCUCAAGGAUGCGGAGAAGGAGAAUGAAAAGGAGAAGAUGGCGCAUUCAGAGGAUGCGGAUGACAUUGAGGAGGAUGUGGAUGAGAUGCUCAGCCUCAGUGGCGAGGAGGAUUACGAUGACGAUGACGACGACGACGACGAUGACGAUGACGAUGAGGAACUGCAUAGUCUGGACAGCUUCUACUCAGACAUGUACAGCACGCACACCUCCUCCAGCUACUCGCCCAGCAUCUCGGACGGCACAUUGACGCCCAACUCUCAGCAGCCGCAUCCACAGCACUUGGCUGCCGGCGAGGAUCCGCACUCGGAGCAGUCCAAGACGAAUGGAGACAUCUCGACUACAGCUGAGGAGGAUCGAGAGCGUGACAGGGAACGGGAACGAGAACGGGAACGAGAACCAACAAAGCUUAAGAGACCCGCCCAUUUGCAUCACCAUCAUCAUCAUUAUCAUCAUCAGCAGGCGCUGAAAAUUGCCAACAAGUUGCGGAAAAUCAAUAAGAAAGCAAAGCUCACAGGACCCACAGGAGGCGGAGGUGCAGGUGGCAACACUGGCGCAACAGCAGCCACAAAGUUUGAUAAGUUGACAGGCGACGGCAUUAAGAACAGAGGCGACGGCUCCUAUCAGUGUCAGUUCUGCGACAAAUCAUUUCCACGACUCGGUUACUUGAAGCAUCACGUCCAGAGCCAUGCCGAACAUUUGCCUUUCAAAUGCGAAUAUUGCGCCAAGUUAUUCAAGCACAAGCGUUCCCGAGAUCGCCAUAAGAAGCUCCACACCAACGAAAGGAACUACAAGUGUCCGCAUUGUGAAGCCGCUUUCUCCAGAAGCGACCAUCUAAAGAUCCACAUGAAGACGCACGACAUCCAGAAGCCCUUCCAGUGCAGCAUGUGCAACCGGGGCUACAACACGGCUGCCGCGCUCACCUCGCACAUGCAGAAGCACAAGAAGAAUGCGGCAAUACUGGCAGCUGGUGGCAACCCUAAUGCGCUCAACUACAGUCCACGCAGCACAGGCUCAGCCUCCGCCUCGGCCUCCAUCUCGAGCAAUGGGAGUCUGCACAAGCGACGCUAUGCGCUCGCACUCGCCUCCGACAGCAGCCCGAGUCGCCUGGAUUACCCUAAGCGCAGUCGUGGCCAACAAGUGCCAACUACGCCCACUCCCACGCCCCUGCCGACACCGUUGCUGCGUUGCAGCUAUUGUCCCAAGGCGAUGGAGUUCAGCAGCCUGGAGCAACUGAAUGCGCAUUUGCAGCAGGCUCACGAGCAGCCGACAACGGAGGCGACACACGCAGCUGGCGAGGAGUCUAAGCUGCAGGCAAAUGGCUUCCAGCUCAGCUGCGAAUAUUGCACCAUGAGAUUCAGCAAUAUUGCGGGAUUAUUCCAACACAUGCGGGCCACACACCUCGAUCGCUUGAGCAGUCCCAACUCCUACUACGAGCACUUCAACCGCCUGGCCACCGCAGGCACCUUCAGUCCACGCCUUGCGCUCGAGCUGCCCGCCAAGAUCAAGCCGGAUCUGAGCAGUCCACAGCUGGAGAAACCGGAACAGGAGCUGCCCACCGAUCUGAGCAGCAACAAGCGUCGCACAGUGUCGCCACCUGUCGUCGCUCCCACUGCAGCACCAGCGCCACCUGGCGUCUUCUUUUGCAAUCAAUGCAACGCCGGACUGCCGGACUUUGAGAGCUUCCGCAAUCAUCUCAAGACACACAUUGCCGAGGGCAUGCAACUCAUUUGUCCCCACUGCGGACUCAGUUUGCCCGAGCAGAGCGAAUUUGAGCGCCAUGUGGUUGCCCAUUUCCUCAUCGCCAGCUGUGAGUUCAACUGCAGUGCUGGCAGCUGUGGCAAGUCCUUUGCCAAGUCCGACGAGUUGCAGCAGCAUCUGCAGAGCGAGCAUGUGCUGACGCUACUCAAAUGUGCUCUCUGUGCGGAGAUCUGCGAGACGCGGAUGGCGAUGCAGCUGCAUCUGGCCUGUGCCCAUGGCCAGGAGACGAAGCUGCUGCGUUGCAGCGCUUGCCUGGAGCUGUUUCGCAACGACACCGACUUCCAUGUGCAUGUGAAGACACGCCAUCAGCUGGCAGGCAAUCAGGGUGUUGCACCACCCGCUCCUGUUGCUACAGGACAUGCUCCGGGACCAGGACAAACCAAUCCGCUGCAGUGCAUGUUCUGCCGGGCAGUCUGCUCCUCGGAACUGGAGAUGCACUUCCACUUGGCGGCGCAUGCGCGUCAGUUUCGCUGUCCCUCGUGUCCCGAGACCUUUCACGUGGAGUUCUUGCUCGACAGGCACAUGCAGAGCCAGCAUGGCGGCGUCAAGGAACACAGUCCCCCUCAGGUCAAGGACAGCUCACCCAACAUGGGCAGCCUCUAUGUGAAUGCGCUGCUUCCUCCGCUGGCAGCUGCUGCUGCUGCUGCUGCUGCGGCCACGAACAACAACAGCAAUCUGCACAUUGACUACAAUGUGGCCUUCAAGGGCCUCUUUGGGGGAGCAGGCGCUGCAGCCCCAGCCGCUGGAAAGUUCUACAGCCCGCUGCAGGUGGACACAAGUGGCUUGAAGCCACAACAGUCGCCACAUCCGGCACUGAUGUACGGACUGAGCCAGCGCUAUCUUAUGGAGAUGUAUGCGGCUAAGGCGACAUCUCCGGCAGCAGCCAGCGCGUCAGAGGUGCCAUCCACCCCAUCGCAGUCGCAGCCAGCAAGUGGAGGCGCCACUACCCAAGCAGCUGCCACUGGGAGCAGCAACUAUAGCUGUGGCAUGUGCGAGCGUCAGGAUCUACGCAGCGAGGCCGAGCUGCAUUCGCAUCGCAAGCUGGCUCACAACCUGAAGACCGGGGUGAGUCUGAGAUGCGCCUACUGCUCGGGGAACUUCAAGUCGCGUGCGGAACUGGAGCAACACAUGAAGAGUUGCCACAACUCGAGUGGCAAACACAAGUGUCUCAUCUGCGACGAGAUCUUCCCUUCCCCCGCCAUUCUCGCCGAGCACAAGCUGCAACACUCCAAGGUGGGGCAAUCGGGCAAGUGUGCCCACUGCGGACAGCAACUGGAGCAUGUGGCCGCCUUCCGCGCCCAUCUCAGCGAACAUGGCGGCGACGGCAACCUGCCCAUGGCUUGCAUCUGUUGUCGCCAGACGCUUCACUCGGAGUUCGAGUUGAGUCUGCAUGCCAAGUUCCACACCAAGUCGAGCAGCGGUGUCGGUAGUCUCCAAGAACCCGUCUGUGCUCUCUGCUUAGAGCCUUUGCCUGGAGCAGGAGACACUGCCAAGUUGUGCGACAAAUGCUGUCGCAAGCACAAUCUCAAUCUGAAUGGAAAGCGCAGCAAGGAGUCGUCUGCUCCAUCGACUGCUGCUGCUCCAGCGAAUGUUGCCCCUUCGAACUAUCUCGAGAAUCGCUGCAAUCUCUGCAAGAUGAUACUGCCGCAUGCCCAGAAACUGCAAGAACAUCUCGUGGAGCACACGUUCGCCGGCACCGAGCAACGAGGCUUCAAUUGCUACAUCUGCUCGGCGGUCUUCACGGCGCCAGCGGGUCUUCUGACCCACAUUGCGGAGCACGGUGCACGUCCCUAUGACUGCAACUUGUGCCCGGAGAAGUUCUACUUUCGCGCCGAGCUGGAGCAUCAUCAGCGAGCCCAUGAGCUGAGACCAGCUGCAGUUCCCGCUGCGCCAGCUACUCGAGUUGCCAAGCAGGAAACUCGCAGUUCCUCAGCCUCCGCUUCGGCUUCGGCUAGUUCACCCAUUGCUUUGAGUCCGAGACAUGUGAAGCAAGAGCUCUACGAAUCGGAGACGGCACCCUCGCCUCCUUUAGCCACAGAGGCGACCAUACAGGACGAAGAAGAGUAUAUCGAAGUGGAGCAGAUGCCGCUAGAAACGCGUUCCUCGGAGCUUUUGACUACCGGACACCCAGAACGUUCCAGCAGCAGCGCCUGAAGAGUAUUAAUCCCUCAUAAAACUAAUCAUAACUCUGUAGCGUCCUCUACAUUUAGGGAUAUUUAGUUGAUAACAGAUAUAUCCGACUCCAAAGGGGAUAACUCGUAUUUAUGCCACUGUUCCAAAGGAUUAAGAAGGAGAAUUCCUUAAAAAAAGAAUCAUCUGAAAUAACUACAGAUAACUAAAGAUUAAAAAUAUUCAGAGUUGCGAAUAGAUAAUGGAACAGCGUAGUAUUAAAGAUAUAUUUAUAAUCGCAUUCAACAUAUAUAGUAUAUAUCCCUAGUAAAUAGCCAAGUUCUGACUAUAAUAAUACAAUAACAAAAUACUCAUAUGUCUAGAGUAGUUUUCUUUACAGAAAUUUGUGUGUGAUAGUUUUCAAAGAUUAACAAAAAACAAAGAAAUGAUUUUUGUAUUAUGAUAUUUAUGCAGUUUAUUACCCAAUUUCAGUUCAGUUCUAUGUUAAAGUACAUCGUAGUAGCAAUGCGCUCCCCUUUCAGUAUUUCAAUGUAAUCAUCGCAUAUGGCAACUACUAUGUUAUACAACUUAUAUGUACAUUUAUGAUCUAUGUCUUACAUAAGCACCAAACAUUUUUAAUGUGUAGCAUAUAAUAAAAAACCAAAAAACUACUG